CAGCCGGGGCCGGGCCGGUCGGUGCGGGGCGCCCAUAAAUCACGGCGGGCAGAGCCCCCGCCCCGCCGCCGCCCUCCGCCGCCGCCGCCGCCCGGGGGACCGGGGAGGGGGGGGCCGAGCCCCGCCGCCACCCGCCCCCCAGCCCCUGCAGAUGUGGCGGAGCGGCCCGGCGGCCCGGCUGCGGGGGGGCCCGCUCCGCCAGGCUGCGCUGCCCGCCCGCCGCCGGCCCUGAGACCCCGCCGCAGCACCCGCCCCGGCACCAUGCAUUCGCUGGAGGAGCCGCUGGACCUCAAGCUGAGCAUCUCCAAGCUGCGAGCAGCCCGGGAGAAGCGGGGUGUGCCCGGCCCCCGGCCCCGCGGCCCCCCGCGCCCCGAUGCCCGCCGGCCGGGGAUGGCCGAGGGGGCAGCCGGGGGGGGCCGCCGUGCCGUGCCGGCCCCCGGCCUCCUGGCACACUCCAGGCUGGCGGAGCUGCGGGAUGGGCGAUUCCCCACUGUGCCGGUGGUGGACCUCAGCCUCUCGCCCCGCUCUGGCGCAGAGUCUCCGGCCGGCAGCGUGUCGCUGUCCCCCGAGCGCCAGAGUGGCGGGGACCUGCCCGGCCCCCUCACCCCACACGAUUUCCAGUCCCUGCGCUACAUUGACGGCCUCCCCAGCUCCUUCCAGUUCUUCCUGCCGCUGGGAGCAGGGGGGGCCCUGCAGCUUCCCCCCGCUGCCUUCCUGCCCCCCAGCAAGGAGAAACGCCUGCCCCCUGAGCUGCCUCUGCCCAAGCAGCUUGUCUGCCGCUGGUCCAAGUGCAACCAGUUCUUCGAUCUCCUGCAAGACUUGGUGGACCACGUCAACGACUUCCACGUCAAACCUGAGAAGGAUGCAGGGUACUGCUGUCACUGGGAGGGCUGUGCCCGCCACGGCAGGGGCUUCAAUGCCAGGUACAAGAUGCUGAUCCACAUCCGGACACACACCAACGAGAAGCCGCAUCGCUGCCCUACCUGCAACAAGAGCUUCUCGCGUCUGGAGAACCUGAAGAUCCACAACCGCUCACACACAGGCGAGAAGCCCUACAUCUGCCCCUACGAAGGCUGCAACAAGCGCUACUCCAACUCCAGCGACCGCUUCAAGCACACCCGCACGCACUACGUGGAGAAGCCCUACUCCUGCAAGAUGCCGGGCUGCCACAAGCGCUACACCGAUCCCAGCUCCCUGCGCAAGCACAUCAAGGCUCACGGCCACUUCGUCUCGGCUGAGCACCCGGAGAUGCUCAAGGUGCACCCACCUGCCAAGACGCCACUGGGCCCAGCAGAGCUGCCCUACGUUAACGGGGCGCAGCUCGUCAUCCCCAACCCCACCGCGCUUUUUGCCCCGCCGGGGCUGCCAGCGCUGCCCAUCCCUUUGGCGCCAGCCCCGCUUGACCUCAGUGCUUUGGGCUGCGGGGCCACGGGGGCCCUGCCCGGCCCCAUCCUGCCCCUCAAUGGCAGCCCCUUGAACUUGGCCAAGAGCCCGCUGCUGCCUUCGCCCUUCGCGGCGGGGCUGGGGCUGCCCGUCAUGUCGCUGCUGGCCGGCGGGGUCAAGGCCGAGGGGGAGAAAGGCAGCGGCGCCGAGGGGCGGCCGCCCAAAGCAGGUAAGGGGCUGGAGAGCCGCAAGGAAAGAGGCGAAAGGACGGAGCCAGGGUGGUCGCGGGCGCCCUCCGAGAGCCUGGCGCUGCUGCCCGGGGCCGUGCUCGACCUCUCGGCCGGCGUGGGCUCGACGGGCAGCCCCGAGGCACUGCCGCCAGGCUGGGUGCUCAUCCCUCCUGGCUCCCUGCUGCUCAAACCCGCUGCCGUGAAUUGAGGGCCCCGACGACGCCCAGGGUUGGCCGCUGGCCCCACGGGCAGAUCCCCGCUCCCCCCCCCCGCAGACCCCCAGCCCCAGCGGGGCCUCGCUCCUGCUUUGAACCGUCACGAAAGAAGAAGGGACUCUUCUGAGAAAAGCAAUAAUCCCUCGGCGGCCGGAGCUGGCUGCGCCUCGCGCCAGGGGCAGCCCUGGGGCUGGUGGGGCUACCCCUGCGCCCCCCAGCCCAGGCAGCCCCAGACGCUGCUAUUUAUUUCUCGACCAGCCCCCUUUGCUGACAGGGUCCCGCUCGGGCUCGGCUGCUGCCACUGACUCGGGCCACCUGUGGCCCCUGGGCUCCCCGCAGGGACAGGAGUGACCCCUCAGGACAGGCUGUGCCGUGCCGGGCUGCACUGUCCGUCCCCACUGGCAGCAUGGCUGCAGGUGCUGCCGUGGCCAUGGCACCUCUGUGCCAGGCCCAGCUGGCUGGGCACACGCCGGCCUGGCAGCUGCCUGCGUGCCUGCAGCCGCCCUCAUCCCCCACUGCCUCCCCGGCCCUCCCUGCGACAAGGCACACGGCUGGUGUGCCGCUCGCCGCGCCAGCUCCGCGCCGGGGCAGAGCCACCCUCUGUAGCUACGUUCAUACCCAACCAUGGUCCGUGGGCACGCGCCAGCGCAGGCAGGGCUCCAGGUGCUGGCCUGGCUGCUGCCGCCACCGCCCCCAACACAGGGUCUCUGAGCCCCUCGGGGCAGUGCUGGGGCGGGCGCGAGGCUGUGACAGUGCCAGGAGCGGGUGCCGUGCCCAGUCUCAGUGAGGCAGAGCCCAGGGCCUCCCCUGGCACGUGCCAAGGGGGUCUCCUCUCCCUGCCGCCGCUGCGCAGGAUCCUUGCCUGCAGCCCCCUCUCCCAGCCAGGGGCCGUGCCAUCGGGAGCCCCACGGGGAGCCGGUCUCCCUGCACCCGCCCUCCUGCUGCCACUGCUGCCGCGGGCCACGACCAGGCCCCCGCGGCCGGUGCACGGUGUACGUCUGUCCCCUCGCUCCUUCGCCCCUUUGUUGUUGCACAUUCCAGGACAUCAGUAUUUUAACGGUCUCCAAGUGCCUUUCUCUCGUAGUUUCUGGGUUGUGUUUCCGUUGCCGUGCCAGGCUCCAUCGCUGUCAGCCGCGUGUAAGGACUGCCGCCGUAUGAUAAGCUAACGACCAUAACACUACACUCCUCCCGGGGAGACGAACUUUAUUAAGGAAACAAUAAAGCGAAGCUGAAGUCGA